AUGGAGAGCUCAGAUGCAAUCCUUAUGUGUGCCACGGAGUUGAUAAAAGAUCGAUUUUAUUUUGUAACUCUGCAAGCAGAUGUUAAACCAAAAAAUACUAUAGACACACAUUACUUCAGCGUUGAUGAUGAAUUAAUUUAUGAAAAUUUUUACUUUGAUUUCGGGCCAUUGAAUUUGGCAAUGCUGUACAGAUACUGUCUGAAAGUGGAGAAGAAAUUAAAAACCUCGGGGUUUUUCAAGAAGAAAAUUCUUCAUUACACGACAGCUAGUGAACCAGAAAAACGUGUUAAUGCAGCAUUUCUAGCUGGUAGUUAUGCAAUUCUUUAUUUAAAAAAAACAGCUAGAGAAGUGUACGAGAGCUUGGUGAGCAGCCCGAACAGCCCGCCAUAUAUCAUGUUUCGUGAUGCAUCAUUUGGUGCUCCCUGUUAUCAGAUUUCCUUGAAGGAUUGUCUAAGUGCCAUUUACGAGUGUCAUAGAUUGGGAUUUUUCAACUUUGACGACUUCAAUGUCAAAGAGUACGAGUAUUACGAGCGAGUUGAGUACGGAGACCUGAACUGGAUCGUCCCGGAAAAAUUCAUUGCGUUUUGCGGACCUCACGCUAAACUUAACAAUGAAAAUGGAUACCCGCUGCACGCACCCGAGUCUUACUUUUCUUACUUCCGUCAAAAUAAUGUUACGACAAUCGUACGGUUGAAUAAAAAAAUUUAUGAUGCAGCACAGUUUAUUAAUGCUGGGUUUGAUCAUCGUGACUUAUUUUUCCGAGACGGUUCGACGCCAACUGAUGCCAUUGUCAGGCAAUUUUUAAAAAUUGCUGAAAAUACUAAUGGUGCUAUCGCUGUUCACUGCAAAGCUGGUCUGGGUAGGACAGGUUCAUUAAUAGGCUGUUAUAUAAUGAAACAUUAUCAUUUAACAGCCCAUGAAACAAUUGCAUGGAUUAGAAUAUGCAGACCUGGUUCUGUUAUUGGUCAUCAGCAACAAUGGCUUGAAGAGAAAGAAUAUUAUCUUCAUUCUUUACUACGUGAGCCAUUACGAGUAGACAGCAAUGGAAAUCCACCUCAUUCGCGUGGAAUAUAUUCAAAUCUGGGCUGUAGCAGUGGUGGGACAUCAACCUACUUAGCAUUCUCAUCAAAAUUGAACCCAAGCGGAUCAACAUUGGAACCGCAUCAGCCGAAUGAUAAUGUCUCUGGAAUACUCCAUCGUGUAGAUGACAUUCAUCUGGACGACUCUUCGUUAUUAUCCACAAAAUCGACGUCUACUGCUACAUCGACAACAACAACAACAACGUCGACAAUUACCAGUGCCGGUAAUAAUGCUAAAUUACAACAACAAAAGCAGCAACGCCCACAACGGUUUGCCUUAAAUAUAAAAACUCAAGGAGACAAACUCAAUGAAAUAAAAAUGCGUAGACAGACAUCGUCUUAUACUAAUAAUUUCAGUAUUGGUAGGAAAGGCAUCGGACAGCCUACUGUUAUGCUUCCUAAUUUGGGCUUACUGCUGAAGUCAUCAACGUCUUCGUCAUCGUCUUCAGUGACGUCGCGAGCUAAUCAGAAAGGAACGAGCAAUAAUACGAUCGCUACCAUUAUUGGAUCGAAGAAAGAUAUUAAUAAACAAGCUCCCGAAGAUUAAGCUGCAGCGGUAAUAGUCCAAUCAGCAGGCCAUCUCCAUGCUACAUGAGGUCUAAAACAACAACCCAGAUCCACAAUAAUCACAAUAAAAACAGCGUUCUGAUCUCUAACUGCAGCAGCGCGAUAAGAUCUGGCUGUACAAAUACAAAACCGAUAACCCGGUCAUUCGCAUCGCGCGAGCCGGCUUCAUUGUCACCGAGUACCACUAAUAUAAUCACGCAAAUUCGCCGGCCAACUUUAUUACCCACGGCAACUGCAUCUUCUACUACUUCGGCUGCUAAUAACAACAAUAACAGUAAUAAUAAUAACAAUAACAAUAACAAUAAUCAAAAUUCAACACAAUUAUCGAGCAACACUGGUAGUAUGGUUUUAAGAUCUGCUGAUCGUGUUAAUCGUUACUUUUCUAAAAAAGAUGGUGUCAAGCGACGUAGACAACGCCAACGAAGGAAAGUUAUCACCGGAGAAAUUUCAACUACUCGCAGAACUUCGCCGAGAAAAAAACAACAGCAAAAGGAACAACAACGAUGA